AUGCGACUAACGGACGAAGUAGCCAACGACUACGACAAGCUCAAGUCAGCCUUCGACAAGUACUUCGUUCCAAGCCGGAACGUGAUCUACGAGCGCGCGCGCUUCAACCUGCGCUCUCAAUUGGAACACGAAACUGUGGAAGAAUUCGUUAAGGAGCUACACCGGCUAGCAGAGUUCUGCGAGUUUGCUUCGCUCAAAGAAGAACUCAUUCGAGACAAGCUGGUUGUUGGCCUCCGGGACAGUCGUCUGAGUGAACGGCUACAAUUGGACUCCCAACUCACACUGGAGAAAGCGGUGACAAUGGCCCGCAACUCUGAGGCUGUGAAGGGCCAGCAGAAUCUUCUUCGCGGGAACGAACCGCCAUCGCAGGCACCGACGUCGAAUACCACGCUAGACGUCGUCACUUCUAGCAGGCCAGCUUCACACAAGGGACGGCAGUCUGAAGCCCGGCCUCCAGCUCAACGACCGGCACAGCCAAAGUCCGAUCCCUGUAAAUGGUGUGGGUCGAUGCGAUUCCACCCGAGGAUAGAAUGCCCUGCACAGGGGAAAGUCUGUAGCCAGUGUGGGAAACUGGGCCAUUUCGCGUCAGUCUGCCAGACUACACCGGCGCCGAAGCCAGCAUCCGGCCGCGGACGGCGUGGUCAGCGCCCCAAGCAAUCGCGGAGAGCGCUCGAAGAGGUAUUCCUCGAUGGUCUACAGCAUCCCUCAUCGUCAGACGCCUGGUUUAUUACGAUCCUUGUCAACGGCAGACCAAUCAAGUUUAAGGUUGACACCGGAGCAGACGUCACGGCCGUGCCAGAGUCAGCCCUGUAUCCAGAGACGCGACGCUUUGCGACACGUCCUACGAAGAGGCUCUACGGCCCCGGCAAGUCCCUGAUAAACACUCUGGGUCAAGUACACGUCGACAUGAGCUGGAACGGCAAGACGACCAACCAGGAAGUCUUCAUCGUCGACGGCCUACAACACUCUCUGCUAGGUCGACCAGCCAUCAAGGCCUUGGAGGUUCUCCCUCAACUUCUCGAAAUCGGACACGAUCACGGACACGACUGCAUUGCGUCAAUGUACCCCGAGCUCUUUGGAGGCCUAGGACUGAUGAAGGCAACAUACAGCAUUCACCUUGUUCCGGGACCGAGGCCAUAUGCAGUAACGUAUCCAAGACGUGUAGCACUUCCAUUGCUACAGAGUGUACAAGCCGAAAUACACCGAAUGGAAGGGCUGGGCGUAAUUCAAAAGGUAGAGCACGCCACGGAAUGGUGCGCACCGAUGGUAGUUGUAAGGAAAAAGAACGGCAAGCUACGCAUAUGUGUUGACUUCGGCGAGCUCAACAAGCAAGUCGUCCGUGAGCGCGUGAUCAUGCCGACGGUAGAAGAGAACCUCAGCAAAAUCACGGAAGCUAAGGUGUUCAGCAAGCUCGACGCCAAUGCUGGAUAUUGGCAAGCCCCCCUAUCACGAGAAAGUCGCGAACUGACCACCUUCAUCACCCCGUUCGGAAGAUACCAGUUUCUUCGUCUGCCCUUUGGUAUCGCGACUGCCCCGGAAUUUUUUCCAACCAGAGAUGUCACGGAUACUUCCAAGACCUCGACGGUACUGUGUGCCAUAUGGAUGAUGUCUUGA